UUCACCUUCAAAAAUGGCGAAAAUUUUAAGAAACAAUAAACAUGUGGUGUGCAUUAGUGGCAAAUACGUCAAUAUCUUCAAUCUGGGGGAUGAAAACCAAAGAACACUAUGUUGCGAUCCAACAGACUUAAAAGACACUCAAAGAGAAACUGAUGAUGCAAAAACUGAAGAAGAGAAGCCAGAGAAAUCUGAAUCGGAUGGUGAAGAUGGAGAAAAAUCUAAAAAUGGUACAGCUAAGGGGUCUAAGUGUACAUCAGGGAGUGAUGCUAUCCUGACUUGUGGGUUCUCCUCUACUGGCAGAUACUUUGCUGUUUGUGAUGACCACAAGAGGUUAACACUAUGGGAUGCCACAGAAGACUGGAAACAGCUGAGUGUCAGGACUGUGUUACGGAGGUCAUCAACAUUGACAUUCAGCCAAAAGGAAGACAAUGUAAUCAUAGGAGACAAAUCUGGGGAUGUCUUCACAUUCUCGACAAAAAAUUGUGAACAACCAGGACAACUCAUCCUAGGACAUUUAUCACUCCUCCUAGACACAAUUGUAACCAAGAAUGAUGAAUUCAUAAUCACAAGUGACAAAGAUGAGAAGAUCCGUGUGAGCCGCUAUCCUAAUGGAUAUACCAUAGAGAGUUAUUGUCUCGGACACACACAGUAUGUCACUGCUCUCUGCUAUGUGGAGGAUGUGGAUCUAUUGAUAUCUGGAGCUGGGGACUCCACCAUAAGAGGAUGGUCCUAUAAACAGGGUGAGGAGCUCUGUUGUAUUGACUGCAGAAACGACCUUGAACUUGAAGCUCAACCAGAUGAGAAGGAAAACACUGAUGGUCUUGUUGUAAAAUCUUUAAAGUAUUCCAGUAAACACAACUUACUAGCUGUAGGAAUAUAUAAGCAUAGCAAAAUACUGAUAUACAAGAUUGAUGCAACAUCAAGUCCUCAACUUCAGUUCCACCAAGCCAUUCAAACUCCAGAGAAUGUCUUAGAACUAUGUUUUGAUGAGGAAGGAUAUCUCUGGGUGUUAAUGGGUGAGGAAAGUAGAUCUGUACAAGUGUAUCAGAUAACAGAACAAUCAAUUUGUGAGCUGUUAAAAGAAGAGCAUUGUACAACAGAUUCUAACAAGGAGACUCUGAGAACAGUAGCUUAUAUCAACACUCAAGAGGACAUUCUGAAAAAAUCAUCAUUAGAACCUGAAAAUUUGUUUGAACAUUUGCACAAGCUGAAAGUUGGAUCCAAAACAUUUAUGAGCGAAUACUAUGAUAAAAAAGAAAAGCGUAUUGAGACUGAAAAGGAGAAAUAUAAACAAAAUCAGCAAAAAAGACAACAAAGACGGCGUGGUGGGAAACGUAGCAACAAAAAUAGAGAAACUGAGGACACAACAGAAGUGGAACUGAGUGAGAAAAAAGCUAAAAGUGAAAUGUCUUAGUAAUGAAUUUUUAUUGGAAUAAAAAUAUAAUAUUGCGA